AUGGCGAUGUUGAUUCAAGAAUAUCCGAGAAAAGCUCAAUUUCUCAAUGCUUUUCCCGAAUCACUAUUGGGUGAUGAAAACAAACGAAAAAUCUUUUGGAAUACAAGUCGACAAGAAUACUUUUUCGGUCGACAUCGUACAUGUUUUGAAGCAAUUUUAUAUUAUUACCAAUCAAAUGGACGUCUUCGUCGACCUGAUAACGUUCCAUUAGAUAUAUUUCUCGAAGAAAUUAGAUUUUUUCAAUUAGGUCCAAAAGCAUUUGCUCAAGUGGUAGAAUCAGAAAAUUUACGUGAGAUUAAACCUAAGAUAAUGCCUAAUGAGCGCUGGCGUCGGUUUAUUUGGCAACAUUUGCAAUAUCCUGAAUCUUCAAUAUUAGCACGUGGGAUCUAUAUUAUUUCGAUGGCUAUUACUCUUCUUUCCAGUAUCACAUUAGCUAUUGAAACUUUGCCAAGUAUAAGAACAGAUUUGCUAGGUCUUUGUUUUAGUGAAACAAUUCUUAAUGGCACUUCAACUUACCAAUUCGUGGCAGGUUGUCCGAGAAUAUUUUCUACAAUGCCAUAUUUUACUAUUGAAACCAUUUGUGUUUCAUAUUUUACAAUCGAAUUUUUUCUUCGUUUGAUCAGUACUCCAUCGUAUAAAUAUUUUUUUCUGUCAUUUAUGACUUGGGUCGAUAUAUUAGCUAUUCUUCCCUAUUAUUGUAUUGUGCCGUUAUUAGCAACCAGUACAAGCAACGGUGUAAACCUGACAGUUGUACACAUAUUUCGUCUCUUACGUGCAAUACGUACACUAAGACUUUUAACCAUUGUUCGAGAAUUGAGAUCCAUGCGUGUUCUUGGUAGAGCUUUGAAAGAAUCGAUGUUUGAUCUUGCAGGAGCGGUUAUCAGUAUAACUACCAUAGCAUUUCUGUUCGGAUCAGCAGUUUAUCUUGCAGAAGAAAAAAACAAUGCAGAUUACAGCUCGAUUCCAACAGCAACUUAUUGGGGAAUUAUUACAAUGUCAAGCGUUGGGUAA